GACAUAUUUUAGGAAACGUCUCAGAGACGUAUUGCAGAUAUCUAAUACGCCUAGCAUAAACACAUAUAUCAAAUAGAGUCCGAGAUGUGUGCUAUCAGGGCUGGGUCACAUAUUGAAAUAGAAUUGACAUACUUCUUUAUCACCUUCUUACCUCCCGCUCUCCUUGUAUUAGCAGCAAUGUAUCUUUGGUAUCCUAAGACACAAAGAUAUCUUUGUGCUCUGCGGUGCUCAAAAGCUUCGGCAUCAAGUUCCCUCAUCAGGGAAAAACAACAAGGGCACAGAACAAAUCUCUCCUGUAGUUUGAGUGCUGAUAUUGGGGGAGUUAGUUCUGACUAGAUGUUCUGAGACAAACGUCAACACCCUUUAAAAUUGUAACGACUUGUAAAGAUCCUGUCCUGGUGCUAAAGGCUACAUAUGAGAGAGACAAUUCACCACUGAGGGCUACCUCUCACUCUCUCCCCUUCUCUUCCAGAUCCAGCGGGAGGAGUCCCAACAACCUGAGGGACGGACAGCAUUUUUUCUCAAGUUCGACGGAGGUAUCCGAAGUCUUUUUGGGGGUUAACGGGGUGUCCCCGGUUUAAGCGAGCGACAUGCACUUACCUCACAGCACCACCAACUUCGAUCGGAGAUUUAGCUGGCGGAACACGUUACCAUGGACGUGCAGAAAAAUAAAGUGUUUCAGUCGCCUGCGGUACAUUUUGCUCAUUCUUACAAUUCUAACUGUGCUCUGUGUAACACUGCAGUUGAUGGGUGUUGUCCAACAGGACAGGAGCUUUGACAUGUUGAAACUAGUGAGUGAGCAGGUGGACAGACUACCAGAAGAGAUCGAGAGGCCCAUGACGGUGAAAGAUUGGAACAAAGUUCGGGUUAUCUUAGCAGAAGUUGUUAAGGACCCUGCAGAUCUACGCAUUUUCCUAAAGAAAUAUGAAGAGAGAGAAUAUCCUCAUCCACUGGAGACAAGUGACCAAGACUUGGAGCAUUUAACCAAAAAUCUGAACAAAUCUAUUCUCACGGAUCCCGAUAGCAUGGACACUCUCGAUAACAUGGACAAGCCUAAAGAAUAUCCUCCACCACCACCAUUCAUCGAAGAAGCUUUUAACCAGGUCGACACUGCAGCUAGCAUGCCUUGGCCGACAGAAAGUCCCAAGUGUCAACCCAAACAACACAUUGUCUUUCUUAAGACACACAAGACUGCCAGCAGCACCAUACUGAACAUUCUCUAUCGUUAUGGGGACAGUCACAACUUGACCUUUGCUUUACCACUGAACAAGUACAAUCAGUUAUCCUACCCAAUAUUUUUUUCUCCAAACUUUGUGGAGGGCUUUAAGUCUGGAAGCGUGAAAGAGUUUCACAUCCUGUGCAAUCAUAUGAGAUUCAAAUCAGACCAGCUGAGAAAGUUCAUGCCCAAAGACACUUUCUACUUCUCAAUUCUCCGUGAUCCUAUUACAAUGAUGGAAUCUCUCUUUAGUUACUACAGAUCCAUCCCAGCAUUCAGUCCGUUCAAAAGUAUAGAGGACUUCCUAAUUCAUGGUGAAGAGAAAUUCAAGGUCUCCGCGCCUAAUAACCACUAUGCACGUAACAUCCUGACCUUUGACUUUGGUCAGGAUCAUACAGCGCCUAAAAAUGAAACCGAGCUGGAACGGCGUAGCGCUCAGAUCAUCACUGCCAUAGAACAGGACUUUUCUCUGAUCAUCCUUUCAGAGUAUUUCGAUGAAUCAAUGAUACUUCUCCAACACGCUCUCUGCUGGACGCUGGAUGACAUUGUGUCUUUCCGCCUCAAUAGUCGCAGCGAUCACUCUCGAAGGCCUAUGAGCCCAGAAAUGGCAGAGCGUGUGAAACGGUGGAGUUCACUCGACUGGCGAUUGUACCAGCACUUCAAUACAACUUUCUGGAAACGCGUAGACUCAACGCUCGGGCGGAAGAAGCUCCAACAGGAGGUAGAACUUCUGAGAGAAAGGAGAAGACAGCUCGAGCAAACAUGCCUCCUGGAAGGAGGAGCGGUAGAUCCGAAGGAGAUCCAGGAUAAGGCGCUAAAGCCGUUUCAGUACGGCGCAGCGGUUAUUCAAGGAUAUAACCUCCGUCCGGGGCUAAACAAUGAAACUCGUCAGCUUUGUGAGCGUUUGAUCACCCCUGAACUACAGUACACGUCUUUGCUGUACACAAAACAGUUCCCUCAGCAAGCAGCCGCCCUGGCCGCUGCAGCAAAAAAGAGAGAGGAAGCUAAAAGAAAACUCCUUAUCCAAAAUCAAGAUGUUAAGCCAGUCGAUGAUAAACUAAGCAAGACGAAUAUUCGAGCACCUACGGACACAAUUGUAAACAUUAAAGAUAAACACAGCUCCCACCAAACAGCUAAUUCUACUGUUCACGGUGACAAACGAAACGCAUCUUGAUGGACAAAAACUAAUGAAGGAAAUAAAACCUCAGACACAAAGACGCCGUACACUACCGUACAAAAUUUUAGACACACUUGACUCUUAAGAGCUCUUAAAAAAUGUUUUAUCUGGAGGUGUAUUUUUAAAUGUUUAAAAUGAAUGUUGUAGACAAAAAUAAUUGUGCCAAUAUAUUAAUUUAGUUUAUUAGAAAACUAAAAUCGUAUUUUUGAAAUGGAAGACAAAUAAUGAAGAAAAAGCAAGGAGACCACAAUAGAUAACAUUCCCUUAAGAUAGCACAAAAAUCUUCUCAGGGUGAAACCUCAAAAAGCUUCUUUCAACAGGGGGCCCGUGGUGGUAUUUCCGCGGCCCUCCAAAUAUUGUUUGAAUUCAAAAUAAUUUACUUGUGUGGAAAAAUGAAAUUAGGCUUCAAACAAAAAUGCACUAAUAGGUAAAUAAUCAAAAUGAAAAGAGAGCAUAAAGUUCCCAGUUCAAAAUCUGUUCAUCAUCAAAGUUGUCCUAAGACAAGAACGGGUAUUGGUUUUAAGAGAACUUUUAGAAAAUGUUUUGAUCCCCUUCAAAUGUUGACUAGUGCAGUUCAGUAUGUAACUUCAUAUAGACGUUUCUUAGGACGAAUGUGCGUUGCCGCGCUUAUGCAUCUGGCCCAAAGUUAACUUCCAGUCUGUGCUUGUUUAUUGCUCUUUCUAGCGACUAAACUGACCUCUGGAACAAAUACCUUGUGGAAAUUAAAAAGGUUUCAGUUUCCAAAAGAAGAAGGACAUGGAUCAUCCGCUGUGCGGAUUUGGCAGCAAGGUGAGAAUUGAAGGAUCUGUAGCUAACAUUAUAUACAUUAAAUUUACGCAGUAAUGUUAGCACGGUGUAAUGGUAGCUACGCUUUAGCUAUGAUUUGAAGAAAUCUACUCUAGAAGUACUCUUAUUGAUUUUUUGCCGAAGUCUACCGGAAGUUACAUUUGGGCCACGAACGCUGUUUGUUUAUGUUGUUACCGCUGAAACCGUCUAUACCACAAAGGACUAUUUUAAUGUUUUUGUAAUUUAACCACUAUAAUAAAGUAUGAAACCCCACCCUUUAUUUAACGCAAGUACUGGGGGCCCCUGCUCCUCCUCUGUAUUCAUUAAGGUAGCAUGCACACCAAAACGUUUAUGUCGGCGGCCGGCGAAUGUUUUAGUUGUUUUAAAUCGUAGCACCGUGCUUUAAAAACGGCAGCAGCUGCUGUGUUUUGUCCGCACUGAGCGCCGAGAGCUGAAAAACGUUCAACUUUGGGUGGAACGCUCAGCUCGUCAAUGUCACUUCUCACUCGACUGUCCAAUCAGAGUGGAGAAGGGGCAGGACAAAUAUCACUUCAACUAACCGGAGCAUCGUUCAACAACUGAUAAUCAAAGCAGAAGUAUCAUAGCAACAAAAGCGCUCAACUGAAAAAAGCUAGCAAACGCCUACUGUCGGUGUCUUUUUAUCCGCUUUUAAACGUUUUGGUGUGCAAGCCUCCUAAGGGGUCCUUGGGCUGAAAAAAGUUAAAGACCUCUUUUCAAGUUAAAAGAGCGACUACACUGAAAAUGAUCAUAUUUAAUAGCUUUGAUUUAUUUUGGACGAUUUUAGUUGUCAGUUCUGUUAUUUCAUAGUUUUGAGGAAUUUACUUUACUAAAAUAUAGAAAAAUAAAGAAUCAGUAAGUGUUCUAAAACUUUUGAACAGUAGUGUACAUAAAGCAAAACACUUUUUCUGAAUCAAAACUCAAUUACUGUGAUCUAUAUUGCUAUGAAAAACAUCCAUUUGCUUAUUAAGUCUUGAAUCAUACAUUCUCGAUAUAUUUGCCUCACUUUUUGGCUCUAUAAAAUAACUUGGUGUGGGAUAAAUAUACCCAGUGUGACUCUUUAAAAGUUGGGGUGAACCGAUAAAUGCCGAUAUACAGUAAUAAUACGUGGCCGAUAACUCUUCCGAAUCGAUAUUAUUCACAGCUAUUUCAUGUACUAUGGCUUUUGAUCAGUAAGUCUUUAUUGAUCUGAAAUCACUGUUAGUUUGAGUCAUUUAAAACAUGCAAUUGAAAAAGCAACACUCGUCAAAUCUAAUCAAUAUACAUAUUCUUUAUUAUCAUGAAAAUACCUGAGAAGGGUUGAAGAACAACAAUAUAAAUAUAUCCUUGAGCCAUUUCCUAGAGCUGGGUGUGUAUGGUUCUUUGUCUGCAGUGCAUAUUGAGUUUUUGCACAAGAGAUCCCUCUGGGUUUUGGAUGUAGCAGCAUUUUACCGUAAUUCAUUGAAAAGCAUAGCAAGCAUCAUCGGCCGAUAUAUCGGUGCACCCCUAUUUAAAAGCAACCAUUUAUUGUUUUCCUUGCACUUUUAAUUCUGACGUGAUUUGGUUUACCUACAGUAG